UGGAGCAAGGAAGCCUAGUUUAAGGAUUUCAUUACUGUUUAUUAUCGCAUUUAUUUCAUUAACUAAGAAAAGAAAAGAAACAGGUCCGUGCUCCGAUCUCCGCUCCAAGCCUACUGAGCUGAGAGAGUCGACUGCUCUUCAAUCAUCAGUCUCGAAUCGUCUAAACUACUCCUCUUGCUAUAGGGAGAAUUCUUCUAAAUUUCAGGUUUGACUUUGCAUUAUUUGAAUUUUAGCUGUUCGCGAAUUCUCCAGAGAAUUUGUUCGGCAAUGGAUGUGGAUGAAGAUGCCGAGCAGGAAUUUGUACCGCCCAAGAAGAAAACAACCUCUGAUGAAGAAAAGAGGAAGAAGAAGAUUGUGCCUGGAAGUUUGAUGAAAGCAUUGCUGAGGCCCGGAGGAGGUGACUCGAGACCUGGGGAUGGUGAUCAGGUCAUAUUUCAUUGCACUGUUCGAACAUUAGAUGGAGUUCUUGUUGAGUCUACCAGAUCAGAAUAUGGAGGCAGCGGUACCCCUAUAAGGCGUGUUUUGGGUAAAAGCAAGAUGAUCUUGGGAUUGUUGGAAGGAAUUCCCACAAUGUUGAAGGGUGAAGUAGCAAUGUUCAAAAUGAAAUCUGAAUUGCACUAUGGUGAGGCUGAUUGUCCCGUGAUGGCUUCUGAUAGCUUUCCAAAGGAUGACGAACUUCAUUUUGAGAUUGAGAUGAUAGAUUUCCAUAAAGUCAAGGUUAUCAGUAAUGAUAUGGGGGUUGUGAAAAAGGUAAUAACUGGAGGAGAGGGCUGGGAAUCGCCAAGGGAACCUUAUGAAGUAAAAGCUAGGAUUUCUGCGAAGGCAGGUGAUGGAAAAUUGAUUUUGUCGCACACCCAGAGAGAACCAUUUUUCUUUACAUUUGGGAAAUCUGAGGUGCCUAAAGGUCUUGAGAUGGGAAUAGGAACAAUGGCACGAGGAGAGAGGGCAGUAUUGUAUAUUACCAGUCAGUACUUAACUCAGUCUCCUUUCAUGCGUGCCAUAGGAGCUGAAGAAGUUCAUUUUGAAGUGGAGCUUGUCCAUUUUAUUCAGGUCCGGGAUGUACUGGGUGAUGGGCGCCUAAUAAAACGCCGCAUCCAUGAUGGAAGAGGUGAGUUUCCUAUGGAUUGCCCCCUUCAAGAUAGUCUGCUGCACGUCCACUACAAGGGCAUGCUACUUAAUGAUGAAAAAACAGUCUUCUAUGAUACGCAAAUCAAUAACAAUGGUCAACCUUUGGAGUUCAGUUCUGGAGAGGGGCUUGUCCCUGAGGGGUUUGAAAUGUGUGUUCGUUUGAUGCUUCCUGGAGAGAGAGCUCUUGUAACAUGCCCUCCUGAUUAUGCAUAUGACAAGUUUCCAAGGCCAAGUAAUGUUCCUGAAGGUGCUCAUAUUCAAUGGGAAAUUGAGCUUGUUGACUUUGAGAUGCCAAAGGACUGGACGGGUUUGAACUUCAAAAGCAUAAUGGAUGAAGCAGAGAAGAUACGAUGCACGGGUAAUAGGCUCUUCAAAGAAGGGAAAUUUGAACUUGCCAAGGCUAAAUAUGAGAAGGUACUUCGGGAUUAUAAUCAUGUCAAUCCACAAGAUGAUGAGGAAGGCAAAGAAUUCGUAGAUUCAAGAAAUUCUUUACACCUGAAUGUGGCUGCUUGCUACCUCAAAAUGGGAGAGUGCAAAAAAUCUAUUGAAGCUUGUAAUAAGGUGUUGGAUGUUAAUCCUGCACAUGUGAAAGCGCUGUAUAGGCGUGGAAUGACUCACAUGGCAGCUGGUGAUUUUGAUGAAGCAAGAAGUGAUUUUAAAAUGAUGAUUAGCAUGGACAAGUCAUCUGAACCUGAUGCCACAGCAGCCCUUCUUAAACUAAAGCAAAAGGAGGAGCAAGUUGAAAAGAAAGCUCGGAAACAGUUUAAAGGAAUGUUUGACAAGAAGCCAGGGGAAAUUGCUGAUGCUGGAACAGCUGAUAAGGAAGGAAAUCAGAUUGCUAGUGAAAAUCAGAAGGAUAGUGAUCAUGAGGAUUCAGAGAAGUUGGAUGAGUUAGACGAAGCUGCAGCAGCUCCACCUCGAAUAGGGCUGUUCCACUUUUGGUCUGCUGGUAGAAGAUUUCUUAUGGGUCUGGGCCUACAAAGAUGCACCAUAUUAUAAUUUUUUUUUUUGGGUAAUAAUAUAUUAUACAAAACUUGAGCAUCAUUUUCCCUUUCUUUCCCCAUUAGUAGCCUGAGUUGAGAUAGUUCAUCUUACUGGAUAAAUUUUGCUUGGAAAGAAUUUAAGGGUAAGGCUAAAGAGUGUAUUGUUUAUCAUAGAAAGUACAACAGUUAAAAAGUUCUAACGGGAAAUCAAAAAAGUUUCCUGUAGCACCUUGCAGACUGUAUUUUAAUAUGCAAAACAGAGUAAAUAGGAUGUUUGACUGGCAGUUAGCGGCAUUGCCAUUUGAUGACUUCAA